GCAGUCCUUGCUAGUGUUACCGACUAUAUUCUGGAUACCUACUACAAAGACAGGGUGCAUGGCACAGGCACUCGAGUGUUUCUUGCCUACUCAAUAUAUACUAAUGGGGCGGAGUUGAUGAACGUAAGCCCUUAUAAAAAGGGAACUAUAAAGUCGUUAGCCUCAAUCCGAUUUGUCUCAAUGACAUGGGUCGUGGCAGGACAUGUGCUCAUGGAUGUCAUGAUCAGCGAUACAUAUGGACCUGUACUGGAAGUAUUCAAUCCUUUUCUAUCAACUACAAUCGUAAAUGCGUUCUUUUCCGUAGACACGUUUUUUGUGCUCUCCGGCAUAUUGGUAUCCUACCUGUUUUUCAAAUCCAAGCCUACUGCUGCAUAUGUCAAAAAUCCUAUGGUGUGGAUUAUGUACUACGUACAUCGCUAUGUCAGAUUAACACCACCUAUAAUGAUGUUUAUAUGGCUUUUUGUAACUCUGAGCCCACUCAUCAACGGGCCUUGGGCUCAGUCAGCAGUGGGCAUGCAAACCUCAAUGUACCAACCAUGUGAAAAGUACUGGUGGCAUAAUCUCUUCUAUAUCAACAACUUUUUUGACAUGACUCAAAAUUGUUACGGCAUAACUUGGUAUCUGGCGGUUGACACCCAACUUUAUUUUGUUGGACCAAUCUUUCUCAUCAUAUUUUACUUCUCGUGGAUUGCAGGUUAUGCAUUUAUUUGCUUAUGUAUUGCUGCUAGCAUAGCAUAUGUCUACUACCUCACUAUCCAUUAUGAUUUUCCUGCAAUUAUGAUGGGAGCUUUUGCAAUGAAUGAUAUGACUACUUUUGGUUUAAAGAUGAUGGACUUUUUUAAUCUAUACUAUCAAAAGCCUUGGAGUCGCUGUACGCCGUACCUAAUUGGAAUUGCAGUGGGAUACUUCCUCGCUUCGGGGAAGAAACCGAAACUAAACAAGAUACUGAUUGUGUCUCUCUGGGUAUUAGCUGCAGCAAUUGCAUUGGCAUCGCUGUACGGCCCACACCAAUAUAUAAAAGGAGCGGAUUAUUGGAGCAAUGCAGUAAGUGGAACUUAUAACAAUUUUUCGAGAUUCGGUUGGUCAUUAGCAGUAGCUUGGGUCGUUAUCGCAAAUCAUCUGGGAUGGGGAGGAAUUAUUGCCGACUUCAUGGAUCAUCCGUUGUGGCAACCAUUGGGCAGGCUCUCUUACUGCGGUUAUAUUGCACACUUUUUCUUAAUCUCGUAUAUCUUCAACUUAGAUGAUCGACCAUCACAUUUUGUUUCAAUAUGGCGCACGUAUGUGCAUUGGGGUAUACCAACAGUUGUUGUAUCAUAUGUGUUCGCUUUCUUUUGGAGCUGCCUCUUCGAAGUACCUAUCAUAAAAUUAGAAAAGAUGCUGACGGCAAAUCUGAUGCCGAAAAAACCCAAGCAGGCUGUAGAACAAAGCACGAAGGAAGACGUAAGCGGAACCAGGAAGAACAUUAACUGAAAACAGUCUGACGAAUCUGAAUAAAACAUAUAAAAGAACAUUCCGAAGUUUCCCUAAUUCUCGUGAUGUAUCUACUAUGAUUCUUCUUCAAUUUCCAUUAUCGCUGGAAAUAGGUAUAAUGUUGCUCUAUGAAUCGAAGUCGUUGUAUUCAUUUCGAAAAGAACGUCUUGCUCCACUAGCUAUGGCUCUAAAACCAG